UUUCAGAAUUCGCAAACUGCGGUCGCCCCUUUAAAUAAAUACUAAAUCUAAACCAAGAGCGCGAAAAAGAAAACAAAACAAACGGCACAUUUAAUUAGUAUAAAUACUAUACUCGAGAAAAAUAUUUAAAAUAUAUCUGAAAGAUAUAUUUCGAAAUAAACAACACACAGACAUCAUGUUCAGCAAAAGCCACAUCGUUUUGGCCAGCUCUCUGCUGUUGCUAAUCGCCCUGCCAGUAAUUCGCGCCGAUCUAAUGUGCUAUGUGUGCGAUGAUUGCGCCCAGCUUCCAAAGGACGCUCCUCUGCUUGCCUGCAAUGAGGACUUCUUCAAUCCGGGCGGCAGCACAGAAGCCUCCACGGUGACCACCACCACGACCACGGAAGCGAGCACCACCACGACGCAGGAAACGUCAGUGGCUCCUGUGGAAACAACAACAGCGAUAACGAGUGUUGAAACCGAUCCGCCCACUACAGAGUCCACAACGACCACGGUGGAAACUACUGUGACUAGCGAAGCCACAACCGACACCACUCAGAGCACCGAGGCCCCGAUUCCCACGCCAGCUACCGCAGGACCCGUGCAGACAACUACCGGAGUUCCCACGCCACCCGCCGAGGAUCUGGCUGCGCUAUCGGUGGCCUUGAACACCACCCGUCUGGUGCCGGUGGAGACGGAUGCGGAGACCACCACCCCGAUUCCCUCGUUGGCCAUCAGGCAGCGACGAGCGGUCGUCGACACCGGGGUCACCUAUCACUGCUACUCCGUUCAGGUUAAUGUGAACGGCUCAAUGACCACAGACCGUGGCUGCUCCCGUGUGACCACCAUGGAGGGCGUUUGCGAGCAGCUGAAGAUCCAGAACAACAACACGGAGCUGGCCAACUGCGAUCCCUGCAGUAUGAACGCCUGCAAUGGCAGUGCGACGCUUCAGAACUCCGUCCUGGCCUCCCUGCUUUUGGCCUUCGUGGCCUUUGCCCUGCAGCGCAACUAGGGAUUAGGUCAUCACCCCCAUUCACCCGGUGCUUUAAUCUAGUAUUCCUCGUUUCGCGAACACACACUCAUCGGUCCGCGCUCAUUGUUAAGUGAUUCGAAAAUUUAUGUAUUUUUUAAGAUCUACACAAAACACACAUGCACAAAAAACCGAAUAUCGAAAUAUAUACAACUGUAUUUGUAUACAAACUUAAUCUAACCAAAUGUAAAGCUUCAGGCGACUUAAUAAAUAAUAUGUAAUUAUUAAAUAAAA